AUGUUUUCCUCUCUGUCCCGGCCAAUGCGGAAGCAGAGACCGGGGAUCUUCUCGUCGUCAAGAUCCGUUGAACAGACCGAGAGAAAUGACCGUGAUUUCGAGGGCGCUGCUCAGACCGAGCCAGAGGCUGCUUCGGAAGAAAAUAUUGAAGAUUAUGAGGUUGAAGAGGAGCAGUAUGAAGAUGGCCCCGACAGCGAAUCUCAAGCUCCUCUCUUGCCUAUGUUUUCUGUUCAUCUUGAUGCUAUUCCUGUUUAUCAACUUACGCACGAUUUACGCCUACUGAUAGCAUCACGCUGCGAGACGACAUUGACAUGGGAUCAGCUUCGAUCCCCGCAAGUAUCGCAGUUUCUACUGAAACCGAUACAGCAGAUCAUUCAUUCCAGGCAUCUCACUAAGGCAACUCUCUAUGCCUUGAUGGUCAACUGCCUCCAAUUUGAUAAGGAGGCUACCUCCAAUCCUGGAAUUAGUGGCGCUAGUCGGACAAGGGCGAUGGUUUGUGAGCUGCUGGCUAUCAAGCUGCUAAAGGAAUACACCGUGCGAAGUCUGAUAGAUGCUUUAUCAUACGAUUUUCAUCCACUGCAAGGCCAGGCCUCGAAGUUGUCUACCGGAGCUUCAAAUGGCCGACCUUGGGAUAGUAACCAGGGAUCCCGUGCUUUGCUUAAGGAUGUUCGAAUCUCUUGUUUAGAAAUUGCUAUCAGGGCUCAGGCAAAACGAUUCUUGGCCCACCCGGUUGUGGUCCAGCAACUGGAAGCGCUCUGGGCUGGCACUAUAGUCUUCUACUCUGGCGCAGAUAGUUUGCACAGACAACCUCUUCCAGACGCCCCUUUACAAUUCCAUGGCUAUGGAUCCAUUUACAGGCGUGGAUCUCGAGCUGAUGCGAAGGGUAUUCCAAGUGUACAAAAUAAGCACAUAUCCCGACGUUCGGUAUCCAUUUAUGAUCCUCGCGAUGCGUCUCUAUUUAAAUUAUCCAGGCUACGUGUUCCUAGGUAUCGACAAUUACUAUCUACACUUUCCUACGCGAUUCUGCUAUGUCUCUUUCUGAUCUUGCUUCAGAAGAGACCAUUGCACCUUACUGGAUUUGAAAUGGUGUUCUGGUUUUGGAGCGCUGGGUUCAUGCUCGACGAGAUUGUUGGCUUUAAUGAGCAGGGCUUUAGCCUUUACUUGAUGAGCUUUUGGAAUAUGUUUGAUGUUGGAAUCCUAGUUCUGCUUCUUAUUUACUACGUUUUGCGUCUAUAUGGAGCAAUUGUGUCUCAAAAUCAGAAGGCCUAUGCAGCGGGACUCGCAUACGAUACCCUCGCUGCCAAUGCGGUGCUUCUACUGCCACGUCUUUUUUCCGUUCUUGACCAUUAUCGAUACUUCUCGCAGUUGUUAAUUGCAUUUCGAAUGAUGGCUGCCGAUUUAAUAGCGGUGCUCAUACUUAUCAUUAUAGCUUGCAGCGGGUUCUUCGUCGCUUUCACGUUUUCAUUUGGCGAUACUCAUGCUUCUCCUAGCUCCGUCGCCUAUGCGCUGUUCCAAAUGGUGAUGGGAUUCACCCCGGCGGCUUGGACUCUUUGGGACAGGUAUAACCUUCUUGGGAAGAUUAUCCUCACACUGUUCCUGUUCAUAUGCCAUUUCCUUGUCAUAACGAUCCUGAUCACUAUUCUCACAAACUCGUUCAUGGCGAUUGUCCAGAAUGCCCACGAGGAGCAUCAGUUUUUAUUUGCCGUUAAUACUAUAUCUAUGGUGAAAUCGGAUGCCCUUUUUUCUUAUGUGGCGCCGACCAACGUUCUCGCUUGGGCGAUUACUCCUUUGAGAUUCGUUAUCCCAUUCCGAAGAUUUUUGAAGCUUAACCGUACUGUGAUCAAGAUAACACACUUUCCCAUUCUCUUUUGCAUAUACCUGUAUGAGCGCACGAUACUGAGGCCUGCUGCCAUUGAGCCUACGGACCUGAUUAGGGGCAGAUUCAAUCCCGUCGACCCAAUUGGGGACCAAGAGCGCUCUUUUUCGCCUUUCACACCACGCGCCAGGUUCCGUGUACGAGAACCAUCGGUUGCUACUCAUCAAAAGGAUCGGGCUCUGGACCAGGUCUUUGAUCUAUCUGGUGAAGGUACCACUUACCAAGAACCCCGGCGUAGUAGAGCCCGCCAGCGCUUGUCCACUGCCAACGUCAGUAAUUGGAUGAGGAAUAUUGGAGACGGAAGCUCUAGGGCACCACCUGAAGACCAGGACCGAAAGGUGGUGGAAGACUUGGAAGCAAGGCGCGUCUGGCCGGGUCAGUCACAACGACGGCGAAGGAACCGAGGAAUGAGCGGUCAUAAUUUUUUCACAGAUACUACUAGGUCUUUUGCCUCGGAUCCAGAAGACUUUAUGAGUGUUGCAUUUGACACUACAGAAGUAAACAGGGGACCCAGGUCUCGGGUUUACCUCCAAAGUGAGGAAGCUAUGACUGCACCCGCACAAACUGACGUUGAGGUUCAAGGUGACGACGAACUGAGCAGCGAUGAAAAUGGGGGAGGUGACUCUAGUAGAGAUGGAGAUUUACCUGAUAAUAGGAAAACCCAAGAGACUGUUUUCCCUACUGAAAACAUGCUUGAGAGCUCGGUAGACUCAUCUCCAAUGCUUUCAAGGCCCUCAACGGCCAAACGCUUCUCACGAAGAAAUAGCCCUUCACGUACUCCGCGAACACCUCGUCGUCAUCAUUCAAGGAAUCCGUCAGCCGCUACGAUACUAUAUAACCCGGUUCCCCCGGAAGCUACCCAGAGCACGACUGGCUCCAAACCUCCAUCGCCUAAACAGAAAGGCAAGGCCGGAACAACAACCCCAAAUCGACGACGCCUGCAGAGCAACCUGAAAUCUUCACAGCUGACAACGCGACCACGGCCAAUCCCACAGCCGACAGCCGCAGCAUUUUCUGUCCCAGAUCAUGGUAUACAGUGGUCGCUGAAAAAUCUGCCUAGUCAGCGGCGUCGACCGUUAUCCCUAACACUGGGCCUGGGAUCUGAUAUAGGUGACAAUGAGGCCGUUGGCGGAGGCUUCGUGGGUGGCGUACCUGGAAGCUUCAACACUCAAAUGGCAUAUGCCAUGGGAGAGAUGCAACAGGACAGAGGAAACGACAACAGAGACAUGCUUAGCCGGCUUGUUCUCGCACGGAUGAAGACACUCGAGGAGAGUUUCAGGGAUGUCUUGAACGAAGUGAAGGAUCUCCGCCAUGUUCCCGGGAGAAAGGAAAGGGUUCGCCCGGCUGCGUCCCGAAGGCAGAAUACCACAGCUACUAGCAGCCCGAAACAAGGUGUGGGCACGCCUACCAGGGAGGAAUCUCGUAGGGGCGGCGAAAAGAAGCUGCAGGGCGCAUUUGAGCCGAAAGAUGAUCCCCUUAGUGAGGAGGAAUUGGGGUCAUCAUCAGAGUCCAGAUUGAGGUCUUUCUAA